ACCUUCGGUUUAUCUGAAGACUAUGAGCUUGGCUGCUACCAAUGCUUCUGUUUUCCAACCAGCAUUCCAUCAAGAUGCAGCCAGUUGACCGGUUUCAGAUCGGUUCCUGGUGUUGAGAAGUCACGUGAGCUUGAUGAGAAACUGAACUUCAAGCCCACGGUGCACGGUAUGCUCAUGAAGCAUGAUUUUAUUGUCUUCUCUGAUACCCCUGAGACCCCAAGUGGUCCACUCAUUCGAGCGGAAUUUGGUAUUGAAGCCCUAAUUGAGUCGAACAAAACCCCACAAUUUGAUGGCUACGGUAGCGAUGGCCAACAACAGGAUACAAUACAGUUUAACUGGCGUUUUUCGAACCACUUGCCUUCAUUCUUGGAGUUUCCUGAGUUGAGGGGUUAUCAAGUAAGUUUGGACUCUGAGAUGAGAUGGCCGAUUAUGCAGUCAUAUACUUUGCUCCGGUACUUCACUCUGUAA